AUGAAGACCCUAACUGGUACCUGGGCUUUGAUGCCCCUUUUCGCUCUUUUGACUUGUGCCCAAAACACAAACAUUCUGGAGCAGCAUUUUGGCAAUGACACGGACUGGUAUCGUGACAGAGUUCCCAUCUUUGAAUGCAGCGAUAAAUCCAUCACCGAUGUCUACUACUACCGCUGGAAGAUCUUCCGUACCCACCAGCGCAAUGUGGGCUCAAAUGGGUUUAUCUCGACUGAAUUCCUCGACAACGUCGGCUGGCAGAACAAAGACUGGGCAUCCCUCAACGAUGCCUCCAUCUUCCAUCUGAAUGAGGGUCGAUGGUGUCGUGAUCCGCGCUAUAAGCAGGAUUAUGCAAUGUUCAUGUACAGCAAAAACAGCAAUCCUCGGCAGUAUACCGAGGCUAUGGCGGCAGGUGUCUGGAACAACUAUCUUGUUGAUGGCGAUCCUGAGUUAUCCUUGUCACUUUUGCAGAGUAUGCAAGACAACUACGAAGCUUGGAUCAAAGAACGCUUCGACGAAUCCAAGGGUCUCUUCUGGAUUGCUCCCCUGCAGGAUGCUACUGAAUACACUAUUGGUAGCAUCGAUGCAUCUGGAGGCAGGGAUGGUUUUACAGGUGGAGAGACCUUUAGGCCAACUUUCAACAGCUACCAGAUCGCCAAUGCUCGAGCGAUCGCCAACAUCGCCAAGAUCAAAGGGGAUCAGGCAGUUGUCGAUAAGUACAACGAUCGUGCCGCUGCGCUCAAGAAACGUAUGCAGGAUGAUCUUUGGAACUCGACCUUCAACCACUUCAUCGAUCGCUACUACGUUGACAACGAGUUUGUCAAGUAUUGGGCGCCCAUUCGCGGAAGAGAGCUGGCUGGUAUGGUCCCAUGGACCCACGAUGUACCGGAUGACAGCGAGGAGUAUUCCAAGGCAUUGGAGCAUAUCAUCGACCCAGAACGUCUCGCCGGACCUUUUGGCCUGCGUACGGUAGAACCCUCGUAUGAGCACUACAUGCAAGUCUGGCGCUACGAAGGUGAUCACGUGGAGUGUCAUUGGAAUGGUCCAAGUUGGCCUUACCAAACUACGCAAGUUCUUACGGCUUUAGGUAAUAUCCUGGAUCAUUAUCCCACCUCAGCUAAAGCGGUUAGCGUCAAGAACUACAUCAGUCUCUUGAAGCAGUAUGCAACUCAGCAUUACAAUAAGGAUUAUGGUGCCCUCGAUCUCGAGGAGAACUACGAUCCAGAUACUGGCUAUCCUAUCGUUGGACUAGGCCGCUCGCACCACUACUUCCAUUCUGGAUAUAUCGACUUGAUCUUGUCGGGUUUUGUCGGAAUCCGGCCUCGUCAGGAUGACGUGCUUGAAGUCCAUCCUCUUGUCGAUACUGAAGAAAUCUCAUACUUCCGUGCUGAAAAUGUUCUUUAUCACGGCCGCAACGUUACUGUUCAAUGGGACAAGAUGGGCAACAAGUAUGGCGAGGCUGGCCUUAGGGUACAGGUUGAUGGACAAGAUGUAGGCUCAUCGGACAAACUCGAACGCCUCGAGAUCAAACUUGAGCGUGAGAUAGUUCCUGUUUAUAGACCCAUCGCCAAAUCCAUCCAGCUUCAAGCAGACUCGUCUUCUCCGAAAGUCAGCUCUUCCAUCCCAAACACCGAUCAACAGCGUGUACAUGAUGUUUUCGACGGGCGUAUCUGGUUUUGGCCCGAAGCAACCAUCGUCAACGGCUUUGAUACACCGGAGGGUAAUACCGAUGAGCAAUGGGUUAGCAUCGACUUUGGAUCAUAUCAACAAGCAAAGCGGGCAGAAAUCGCUUUUUAUGAGAACGUUGAACAGGGCUUUAAUGUUCCUGCUAGCUAUCGUGUUCAGAUUAAUGACGAUGGUUGGAAAGAUGUCAGUGGAGCUGACUAUGGAAAGACAGUCGCGAAUGGUAUCACCAAGGCGUCUUGGUCGGCUGCCUCAGCGGGGACCUGGAGGAUUGUUGUAAAGCCGCAAGAAGGUUCUCGCACACGCCUGGUGGAGUUUUCUUUGUUCGAGUAG